UAAGGAAUACUUAGUCACGAAUAAGACUCACGUGAGCUAAUAACCCAAUUUAACACAGUGACAGCGUGGUUAAACUCAGUAUUUCACAAUGACGUUCAGCCGCUGUUUGGACUGGAUAGAGCCGCCCUAUUGGAUACCCCAGAGGUCUUGCCAUUGGUGGUAUCGACUCCCUAGACAUCUACCCAGACAUCGGUGGUAGCAGCAACAGCCAGUUCCAUGUUUUCGUCAUGAUAGGGACACCUCCACUUGCACCAACCCGCAUUUUCCCUCUUUCGAAGAUGCACCGACCAGGUCACUCCACCGUCCAAAGCAGCUGUUAUCCUUGCCACCAUCUUGUAGAGCGUCCUCCAUUUACUGGGUCCACCUGUCGGCUUUGUCAUUGGUUAUCAUUGGCAUAUCCUGCAGGACGUCCAAGUUGGCUGGCUGUUGAAACAAAUUAUCGGGUUGAUUUUGUUGUUCAAAUCGAGUUUACCGGCUAGUCGAUCCGAUCCUGAGAGUGUCUUUUUCUCCUCCGAAAAGGAAUCUCACGAUAUGGCGCCAAUCAAUUCUUGGUGGCGGGGAUUGGAUUGGCCGACGAACCACAACAAUUUGCCGUUUUAUUAUCUCCCUUUCAUCCCAGUUCAAGCAACAUGUUGGUCAAUGGCAGAGACGAUGUUUUCACUGUGCUUCAUCGCAGUGGAGCAUCAGUCGACUUCAUCGCUGAUUGCAUUACGAAUGAUGCCGACUACCCUAUGAUUCGUGUACCAGAUUCGCUUACCAAUCCAAAGAAUUACAAUAUUAGCAAGAAUGCCAAGCUUCAGGCGAUUGUUCUUGAUUACCGUGCAGAAGAAGUGGUAUUCUCCAAGAUGCGAUCACAGAUGGUCGCUAAAAUGGUAUUGUGCGAUGGAAGUUUCACUUGCUGGAAAGCCGUGACAAACAGCAGCCUUUCAUUUCAGGUGGAGGCUGGCGAGGACAACCAGCAAGGCAUUCCAGUCGGUAGUGUCCUCACCAUCGAGGACUACAACUGGAUGCACCUUUCAAAAGAUGAUCCUCAUGUCUUUCGUCGUUGCAUGCUAAUCAACCGGUGCUCUUUUAUUGAUCCUCCGAGUGUUGAACAGGGUGCCGCGUCCAAGAAUGGUUCCCCUCUCGGUUGCAAGAAUGGCAGCAGUUUCUACUUGGAUUCUGACUCGGAUUCUGUUUCCAGUGAGCCCAAUUCCUACUAUUCCUCCUUUGUACCAGCGAUACUGGACACUGUCAAGUUGAAGGGAGACGUUGUAUUCACCUGCGCUUGUUGUUUAUACGACCCCAAGACCAACGAGGCGUUUGUGUACAAUGAAAGUGCAACCAAACAUCAGUUGCAGAGUGGCGAUCCUUGUCAGGUCACCUGGAACCGUGCGGACUUCAAGCGAGUCUUUGACCUACUUCUAAAGCCGGAAGAGGGAGAUGACGACGCAAGUAAUACCAGCGAUUCGAAAGCUUGUGGGUGCAUUGGCAGGUAUGGUUUCGAUGUCUGUUGCCUGAAAAGUUUUGACAUUCUCGAGAUGCAGUGGGAUAGUAUAUACCAGUCUAUCAUCUGCAAGAUGGCUGAGGACGACAUCAUCACCCCCAACUUCGAAGACUUGUCCGAAGGGAAGAAACGCUGGGUGGUGUAUACGUGGUUUGCUACCAAUGUGUUCAUGUUGCGCAAUCGUAGGAAGCUUCCUUCGUGCCUUGAGACGAUUGUGAAGAAGGUGUUCGCAAACAAGGAUCCAACAGAGGAGUACACGGGUUACAAGGUGUUCCCCUCUGCAGGUGAGAAAAGGUCUACGGAUUGCUGUGAAGAAAGGGCAGUGAAGAAGGCUCAUCUUGGACUUGAGGUUCGAAAGAAACAGUUGACGUCGGCCACAGAACCCAUUGACGUCGAUGCCGUUAAGGUGAAGGACGAAAGGAGGAUGGUUGCCAGGAAGAAGAACGCCUACUACUGCAUGUCUCCUCCACCCACUCCUCCUGUCGCAAAGCAGAGUCCUUUCGAAAUCUUCGUGGAGGAAGUACAGAAGGCCUGUUCAUCCGACACUGUGGACAAAGAUGGUAGCUGGAAAAAGGCUUGGGCCGUUGCUAGGAUGUGUGCUAACGCGCCUGGAUCUGUGGAUGUCUAGAGUGGAGGCAACACGUACUAUUUGUGUAAGAAAGAAAGAAGAAAAGAAAGAACAAUCUAAUAAGUAUUAGACACUAUUGAACCGUA